CGCUGCUGUUCCGCCACACAGACGGACGGACCGACGGACGGAGUGUGCUCGCUCUCUGUGCGCCUCGGCUGCUGUGCGCUCCUGCCGUCGCGGUCUCUUGUCUUUCUCGCUCCAUUUCUGUGCGCGUGCGCGUGUGUCACCCCCAGUCCUCUCCUGUCCGGUCCAGCUUGGGUGUCGAGGUGGAGGUAUGUAGCACCGGAUUGACCGCGCCGAGCAGCAUGUAGCACCUGGAGCACCGCGCACAUCGUCUCCCCUCCUGCGCUGCUCCCUCCGUCUUCUCUCCCUCCUGGAGCGGUCAUUUCUCUUCUCGGGAAAGCAUCGCCUGCGCGUGGAUUUUCGGGGAUUUUUUUGGGGGUGGGUGGGGGGAUUUAUUUAUUUUAGAGGAGUGUUUGUGUGUGUUCAUCGCCGCCGCUCUGCACCUCUCGGUCGAUGGUCGUUGAGGAAGCUUCCAUCUUGAGUCCCGUAUCUACCGAGAGAACCAUGGCGAGCGACUCCCCUGCGCGGAGUCUGGACGAGAUAGACCUGUCUGCACUACGGGACCCAGCUGGAAUCUUUGAGCUGGUUGAACUGGUUGGAAAUGGCACCUACGGGCAGGUCUACAAGGGUCGCCAUGUCAAAACAGGCCAGCUUGCUGCCAUCAAGGUCAUGGACGUCACAGGAGAUGAGGAGGAGGAGAUUAAAGCAGAGAUCAAUAUGUUAAAGAAGUAUAGCCACCACAGAAACAUUGCCACCUACUAUGGAGCCUUCAUCAAGAAGAACCCUCCAGGAAUGGAUGACCAGCUUUGGCUGGUGAUGGAGUUCUGUGGGGCCGGCUCGAUUACGGAUCUGAUCAAAAACACCAAAGGGAACUCUCUAAAGGAGGAGUGGAUCGCCUAUGUCUGCAGAGAGAUCCUCAGGGGUCUGACCCACCUCCACCAGCACAAGGUCAUCCACAGAGAUAUCAAGGGCCAGAAUGUGUUGCUGACAGAGAACGCAGAGGUCAAACUAGUGGACUUUGGUGUGAGCGCCCAGCUAGAUCGUACAGUGGGACGGAGGAACACAUUUAUUGGGACACCGUACUGGAUGGCCCCGGAGGUCAUCGCCUGCGAUGAGAACCCUGAUGCCACAUAUGACUUUAAGAGUGAUCUGUGGUCGCUCGGUAUCACAGCUAUAGAGAUGGCAGAGGGAGCACCACCUCUGUGCGACAUGCAUCCGAUGCGAGCGCUCUUCCUCAUCCCCAGAAAUCCUGCCCCCAGACUCAAGUCUAAGAAGUGGUCAAAGAAGUUCCAGUCCUUCAUAGACAGCUGUCUGGUGAAGAGUCACAGUCAGAGGCCGAGCACCGAGCAGCUCCUCAAACACCCGUUUAUCAGGGACCUUCCCAACGAGCGGCAGGUCCGCAUCCAGCUGAAGGACCACAUCGACCGUACCAAGAAGAGGAGGGGGGAGAGGGAUGAGACGGAGUACGAGUACAGUGGGAGUGAAGAGGAGGAUGAAGAGAGGGACGUUGGAGAGCCCAGUUCCAUCAUCAACAUCCCUGGUGAAUCCACUUUGAGGCGGGACUUCCUGCGCCUCCAGCUGGCCAAUAAGGAACGGUCAGAGCUGAUUCGGCGUCAGCAGCUGGAGCAGCAGCAGAACGAGGAACACAAACGCCAACUACUGGCUGAGAGACAGAAACGUAUCGAGGAGCAGAAAGAGCAGAGGAGACGGCUGGAGGAGCAACAGCGUCGAGAGCGCGAGAUGAGGAAGCAGCAGGAGCGAGAACAGAGGAGGAGGUACGAAGAGAUGGAGCAAAUCCGUCGAGAGGAGGAGAGGAGGCACGCGGAGAGAGAGCAGGAGUAUAUCCGUAGGCAGCUGGAGGAGGAGCAGAGGCAGCUGGAGAUCCUACAGCAGCAGCUCCUGCAGGAGCAGGCCUUACUGCUGGAGUACAAGAGGAAGCAGAUUGAGGAGCAGCGGCAAGCUGAGCGGCUGCAGAGACAGCUGCAACAGGAGCGAGCGUACCUGGUGUCGCUGCAGCAGCAACAGCAGGAGCCGCCGCGACCGCCGCAGGAUAAGAAGCAGCUGUACCACUACAAAGACCAGGCGCCCGGCAGCAACGACAAGCCCGCCUGGGCCAAAGAGGUGAUGCGUCGAGCUCAGAGCAACUCACCUCGUAUUCCUCCCAAGAAAUACCACUCCUUCAGGGAGCCACGAGAAGUCAACCUCGACAACCUCCUCUUACUCCCCGGUUACAAACCUCGCCGCCGCCGCCCCCCUUCCUACCCCGCCCAUGACAGUCCUUCUAGGGAACACCUCCAUGUGCCUCGCAUCCGUAUUACGUGUGUCCCUGAGUCCUCUCGGGCAGGGCAGCACCAGCAGGAUCACGGCAGGAGCCCCGGACGGAGACCAGGCAGGAGCCCCAAGCGGAGCCCAGGCAGGAGCUCCCACAGGAACUCCAAUAGGAGCCUCAACAGGAGCCCUGACUCCAGAGGCCGGAGCCCUGGGCGCCGGGUGGAGGAGCAUUAUAAGAUGAACAGACAGACUUCUCCUGCAUUGCAGCACAAAGUCUCCAACCGGAUCUCGGACCCAUCGCUGCCGCCCCGCUCCGAGUCCUUCAGCAGUGGAGGCAUCCAGCAGGCACGGACCCCGCCGAUGCACCGCUCUGUUGAACCACAGAUGGCCCACCUGGUGCAGGUGAAGAGUCACGGUCUGUCAGGCUCCCAGUCUCUGUACGACCCCCACGGCGUGUCCUCCUCCUCGGCGUCGCCCUCCCCCUCCCGGCCUCCCAUGCCCCGGCAGAACUCCGACCCCACCUCCGACACCCCUCCUCCCCCGCCCCUCUCCCGCCUGGCGCCCCCCCUCGACAAGUUGGACCGCAGCACCUGGCUGCGGCAGGACGACGACAUGCCCCCGAAGGUUCCUCAGAGGACGACUUCCAUCUCUCCUGCUUUGGUCAGGAAACACUCUCCUGGAAAUGGACCCGGCCUGGGACCUCGGGCUGGAGCUCAUCUCAUACGGGCGAGCAACCCCGACCUGCGGAGGACCGACGUUUCCAUGGAGACGCCCCUGAAGAGGACGAGCAGCGGCAGCUCCUCCAGCUCCAGCACCCCCAGCUCCCAGGGAGGUUCCAACGAACGAGGUAAUUCAGCUGCUAAGACUGAAGGCUCGACACUUUCUUCCCAUGAGACCAAAGAUGACGGCAGAGAGGUGACACGACCCAGCAGGCCUGCAGAUCUAACGGCUCUGGCCAAAGAGCUGCGAGAGCUGCGGCAGGGAGAGGAAACCAGCCGCCCGCCCGUCAAAGUGACAGACUAUUCAUCGUCCAGUGAGGACUCUCACAGCAGCGAGGAUGAGGAGGGAGAGGGUGGAACUAAUGAUGGGACAGUAGCUGUCAGUGAUAUACCACGGAUUAUGCCGGCAGCGAGUCAAGGUACCAAUGAGUCCUUUGGCAUGGGAGGUCACAACGACGCUCAUGACGACUCAUAUGGAAACAGCUCCCAGGACAGCACCCUUAUGAUGCGUGAGAAACAUGGGGAACGGAGGCGGAGCUCUGCCGCCAGCAAUGGUUUCCCUGGCAACGCUAAUCUGUUCCCCGGCAACGCAAAUCUCCCUGAUUUGGUGCAGCAAAGCACCUCCCCCCUGGUCUCCCCUGGCGACGCCUCUGGGGCCCAAUAUGGGAUGGGAAGCAGCGGAGGCUCCAAGUCUUCCUUCACACCGUUCGUAGAUCCAAGGGUGUAUGGGACCUCCCCGACUGAUGAUGACGAUAACAUCUCUGCCUCAGCGUUGUUUGCUGAUGAGCUGCUGAAGCAGGAGCAGGAGCAGGCGAGGCUCAACGAGGCCCGGAAGAUCUCUGUGGUCAACGUCAACCCAACCAACAUCAGACCGCACAGCGAUACGCCCGAGAUCCGCAAAUACAAGAAACGCUUCAACUCUGAGAUCCUCUGUGCGGCUCUCUGGGGAGUGAAUCUGCUGGUGGGGACAGAGAAUGGCCUGAUGCUACUGGAUCGAAGCGGUCAAGGCAAAGUUUACAACCUGAUCAAUCGACGGCGCUUCCAACAGAUGGACGUCCUGGAGGGACUCAACGUCCUGGUCACCAUCUCAGGGAAGAAGAACAAGCUGCGUGUUUACUACCUGUCCUGGCUGAGGAACAGGAUAUUACAUAACGACCCUGAAGUGGAAAAGAAACAGGGUUGGAUCACUGUUGGGGAGCUGGAGGGCUGUGUGCACUACAAAGUUGUAAAGUAUGAGAGGAUAAAAUUUUUGGUGAUUGCUCUGAAGAACUCAGUGGAGAUCUACGCCUGGGCACCUAAACCUUACCACAAGUUUAUGGCCUUCAAGUCAUUCACUGACCUGCAACAUCGCCCUCAGCUGGUUGACCUGACAGUGGAGGAGGGACAGAGGUUAAAGGUCAUCUAUGGCUCCAGUGUUGGCUUCCAUGUCAUCGAUGUGGACUCUGGAAACCCCUACGACAUCUACAUCCCCUCACAUAUUCAGGGUCAGGUGACUCCACACGCCAUUGUGGUUCUGCCCAAGACGGAUGGCAUGGAGAUGCUGCUGUGCUACGAAGACGAGGGCGUCUACGUCAACACCUACGGACGCAUCACCAAAGACGUGGUGCUGCAGUGGGGCGAGAUGCCCACCUCCGUCGCCUACAUCCACUCCAACCAGAUCAUGGGCUGGGGAGAGAAGGCCAUUGAGAUCCGCUCCGUGGAGACGGGACACCUCGACGGAGUUUUCAUGCACAAGCGAGCUCAGCGACUGAAGUUCCUGUCAGAAAGGAAUGACAAGGUUUUCUUCGCCUCAGUGCGUUCUGGAGGCAGCAGCCAAGUCUUCUUUAUGACCCUGAACAGAAGCUCCAUGAUGAACUGGUAACCUUUCUCCUUCGACCCACAACCCUCCUCUUCUUAACUCUGAACAUCGCCCGACAUCAGGAGAGAGGGAUAACAGGAGGACAGCGUGUGUGUGUGUGUAUGUGUGUGUGUGUUUGUGGAGGAAAAUGUGGAGUUGCUGAAUGGACGAUUGAGCAACUGGAGGAAGAGUUAAACCACAGGAGUGUGCCACCCCUGUAUAGACACCCUCCAACUAUAGGGGGGCGCUACAGGCCCCAUGGAUGAUUUCACUGCCUGCUGGACAAAGGUGACUCCACGCAUUGACAGUGGGCGAUGCCUUCACCUUCCCUGUGGACUGUUCGAUGGGCUGAUGGUUGUGCUUGAGGGUUUUGAUCCAGACUUUAAAGGACACUGACAUCAUGCCGAGUAGCCUUUGACCUCCUCACUGGAUUGAAUGGGGACCUGUGGAGAAGUUCUUUGUGUAGCACAUUAAUGAUUUCUUACAGGGUGUUCACACUGCGAGUACGAUUCGUCGUUCGACUCUGCUUGUUGGUGGUAAUGCAGGGGUGCUGAAGCCAAUCAGAAAUCUUUUGGUGCGCUGUGUUACAGUGAGUAAACAUUACUGGUUAUUAAGGUAGCAUCAAUAGAGGAAGAAAACUUGACUUUGCAUUGACCAAAAUAGUGGAUGCAAAUGUUUUUGAGACAAGCUUAUCUGAAGUGUGUCAGUUUAAAAGUUACUCUUAGCUGAACCAAAAUCACUUCAUCCACACUAAUCUCGGUUUUCCCCAUCGGUUUGGCCCUGUGUCCACACUGAGCUAUGUUUUUCUCUCCCAAACAUUUUAACUUUUUGAAAACAAAGUACAAAAAACAAUAAACUAUUCAAAUGUUUCACUGUCACAACAUCAGCCUGAACAGACAUGGCCAUCGACAUUUUGGCAGUUAAGUUAAAAAGCAACUGAUCACUGGAUGUUGACAAGACAUCAAGUAAAGUCUCAUUUGCAAUCUGUGAUUUCAGAUUGUUCUAGACGACAAUCGUGAGAAAAACGUGGUGAAAUCUUUGGACCAUGGUCCUCCUAGAUCUUACUGUUAUAUUUACUAUUGUAGAGCAAACAUGGCGAAGCAAAUUUAAAUUAAAUUUAAAUUUUCUUCAUUUGUCAAUCCACACAAUCAAUCAGUUGGCAGAUGAAAUGUA